AUGUUAGGCCCGAGAGCCGACAAAAACAACAAACAAACAGGGCCGCACGCCAUUGGGCGAGGCGCGCGGGGCGGCGUCGGCCCCGCCCGCCGGCGCGCACUCUCGCUCGCUCCCAGUCCUUAUCUGCCGCGCCGAUGCGAGGACGUGUGCUCAUACUUGCCAAAACCAACUGAUUCACUUGUCAAAACAGCACGGCUCUUCGCGGAGAUGCCUCGACCCACUCGCGAAUCUUAUGGUGACCAAAAACCUCCGUUCUCAUACAUCGCUCUCACGGCCAUGGCUAUCUGGAGCUCCCCGGAGAGGAUGCUGCCGCUAUCGGAGAUUUACAGAUUCAUCACGGACAGAUUCCCUUACUACAGACGCAACACUCAACGCUGGCAGAACUCUCUGAGGCACAACUUGUCGUUCAACGACUGCUUCGUGAAGGUGCCGCGGCGGCCGGACAGACCCGGCAAGGGCGCGUACUGGACGCUGCACCCGCAAGCUUUCGACAUGUUCGAAAACGGUUCUCUACUGCGCCGGCGCAAGCGAUUCAAGCUGCACAAAGGGGAAAAGGACAGUUUGAACGCUGAGCUGGCUGCUUUGGCAAGUUUCAAUAGGGCGUUUUUGGCACGACAGGCCGGCGGUCCACCGCAGAGCACUUUACAUAAUGGGAGUCUGUAUUCACCAGCUGCGUUAUGUCCGAGGCCCAGUCCGGAGCCGUUGGAAGCGCCGGACACAGCAGCCUUGUUGCCGACGGGGCCGAGACCCCGCCGAGCGUUCACGAUAGAUGCUCUCCUGGAGCCCGAGCCGCGGCGGUCCCCGUCACCAGCACCGGCUCUGCAGCCGCACUGCCCCAUGCCGCUGCCACCGCCGUACCUGCUGGCGGCGCAGCGGUACCACGCGGAGCUGUUGGCUGGCCUGCAGCAGUCAUGCCUGCCACCGCUAUGGACGUGGCGGGACACCAGUCAAUUUUCACACUACACGCUUAAUUCAUGAAUGGUAAGUGUUCAAUCUUUGUGUCAUGACAGUUACUAGUAUUAAGGUUUCGAAGAUGUCUCAUUUUAACCCUAGAACUUUUAUAUCUACCCAACAUAAUAUAUGGUGGUUUUACAUGGCGGAUUAGUGAAUAAUAUCCAUCCUAAAACUUUAAGAACUUUAUUCAUAUAAGUAAAGUAUAUAAUGGACAUAAAAAUAUCCUAAGAGCGUUUAAAAGUAGGUAAAAAUAUGACACAUAAAACUACAAAAAACAUGAAAUAUGACCCAUAACAUAACUCAAUUUCCUAUCAAAGCUAAUAGCUAAACAAUGAGUUUAGUAACACGCUUUUGUAAAAUCAGUAGUUUUCACUGCCUUUGGCCCCUUUGUUUCGUCACUUAACAUUUUUUAUUGAAAUCUAUUAAUUUUUGCUGGAUUUUUUUCAUGUGUUCUUCUUGGUACCAUAUGUUCACCUAUCUUAUUCCAGUUGUGUACGUUUUAGCUGAAUUUUAGCUGCCCAUAAAACUAAAUAAAUAAACACGGAACUUAAUAAUGGACCAAUAAAAAUAUUUUGGUAUUUCUGAAAACGGCUGAUAGACAUAAGGCUGAACGCGUUCCUAUGUUCUUAUGAAGAAAAAGUAAUAAAUGCUUUAAUCGUGUCUAUCAUAGUAAUAUGACUUUCAAAAUCCUAUUUCAAUAUUUUGGACAAGACUUAAAUCUAAAAAUUAAGAUCCCUGUGCACUUUGAUUGCUAGUUUACACGAUCAAAGUAACCUCAAAGUAGUCAUCAAAGGUACUUCGUCAAAGCAAAAUUUGAGCAUGUCAACGCGCCUUUAAGAAUGAUCAAUUUAUUUUGAAUUAAGAACUUUGGUGCAAGUGGGUCUAAAAGCCUUAAACAAUUUAUUUACUAAAUCGGUAAUUUGUCACCCACCUUGUUUUUUUUAAUUCAACUGGAAUAAAAUAGAGCUAGGCACUUUAAUUGCGGGUACUAACUACAUAGUCAUUAACAAUAAUAAUCACUUUGAAUUGCAUUUAAAUCGUAUGAGUUCUUAGGGCAAGAUUAUUUAUCGUAACGAGAUAGCAAAUCGAUUUGAAGUAGUCAGACAAACUAGAAUAUAUACAGCCUGUUGAACCUGUCAUCCCUAAUGUUAGGCGGGAUUCAAACUGACGCCUUACGCUAUCCGAGAGAAUGCACUACCUCCAUGCUAUUGAGACCUUUUUAUAUGUUGUAAGCGCAGCAAACAAGGAUAUGACCCACCUUAUAGUAAACGGCCAUCAUGGCCUAUAGAUGCUUGCGAUGCCAAAAAUAUCAAUCGCACCGUUGCCUAGCCUGACCCAACCCCCUACCCCGUGGAGCCCUGGAACCUUACUUACCGACAGAAACACAACACCACCAUAAGGUAGUGUUAUUUUAUUGCGAUCUUCUUUUAAGUGGAGGUUACUUCCCCAAACGGUCGUAACGUAUUUAUUCGAGCGGGAAAUCCGCUAUGCUCUGCCUUAUGAACGUGUCAAGCCAUCUCCAGCAUCUUUUGGAUUGCAAGGCAGUGCCACUAUUGAGCAGGCGGAGCCCAGGAAGUGCUAGAUGAGACCCGACCCGUGACACGUCUAAUGUUUCGGAAUGCCGAAUACUAUCUUAUCACCGUGUCAAGUUAUCAAAAUCUAUUAUAAACAAAUUACGUUUGAUUUAAUCCAGCUUGUUAUAACAUGCAAAGUUGACUGACAUUUAUGUAGGACUAAGUGGUAGUCUAGAAUCAUUGUUCUACAAUUUUGAGUAAUUCGAAAAUAGGGGCUUAAAAUGCAUCCCAUUUUAAGUGGAGAUAAAUGAACAACUUACAAGUUUGCUAGCUAGCUGGCUAGCUGAAAAAUAUACCAUUUUUAUUGUAGUUACUUUAAAAUGGCGACCAGAAUAUUCAUUCACCAUACCUCGCGGCGUAGAUUAAAACAUAUAGCCCGAGUAUUCUCCCAAUUUUAUCCAUAGGGAAAAUCUAAUUUUUGUUGCAAGACCAUAUUUACUCACCAACGACCAGCAGUGCUAUUCUGUAAAAUUUUCACGCGCGGAUCCGAUGAGGAUUUUGAAACAAUUGAAUAUUUUGCAAUCAAACCAAAUAUAGUAGCUAUAAUAAGAUUAGUUACUAAGAUAUUUUUUUUAUUUAGAUUAAAAUAACAGCUGUUGCUAAGAAAGGGAACCAUAAUAACUUACCAUUUACUGAAGAUUGAUUAUGGAAACUGGCAUUAGUAACUGUAACACGUUGAUGCCAGCAUACAAUUGAUCAGAGUAAAAAUUACUAAAACGCGAUUAUUGAAAAAUAUGGUAGAUAUGUUGAUCUAUUUUGCAUAUUGUAACUGUAACCGUGAAUCCCAAGGAAAAACUGGAUUAAAGCUUAAAAUAUAUGCAAUUUACAUAAGAACAUUCUAUUUAUAUAUAAAGUUGGUAUCCAACUAAGUAUCUGACGCAUCAGCGGGCUUACCUUUAAAUAUAAUAUCAAAAGGAAUUGUCAAAGAGGAUCACUGAUGUGACUGGCGAUCAAAAGGCUGGCAGCCAUCUUGGUCAACGGAUCAGCCUUGCCAUCCAACGUGGCAAUGCUGCCUGCAGCGUAUUGGGCACCAUUCCUGACGGCGCGGCGGCGCUGGAGUUACAUAUUUUUUAUUUUGCAUAUUUUUGUCGUCCUCCGUGGCCGACUGGUUUAUACGCCGGGUUUCGAGGUGUCGCCGACUCGAGAGGUCCCGGGUUCGAAUCCCGGUAGGGGCAGAUGUUUGUGUGAUGAAUACGAGCAUUUGUACUCCAGUCCUGGAUGUUUAAUAUGUAUGUCUAUAUAAAUAUGCGUAUAUAUGUACAAUAUGUAUUCUAUCCGUUCCCUAGCUAGUAUCCCAUAACACAAGCCUUAGUGCUUAAUUUGGGGCAAGACUAAUUAGUGUGUGUUGGAAAUAUUUACUAUUUAUUUUUAAGUAGCUAAGUAGGAUCAGGUACUAUCAUAACAAUCCUUUUUAAAUUUUGACAUUAUCAUCAUCGUCAAUUAAGGAUUGCAAUAAACGCCCAAAAUCCACAGUUUUUGUACAGGCUCAUUUAUUACUUAAGUCGAUUUUGUUUUUAUAUUGUCAGAGUAGUAACAGAAAUAUAAUAAUAAUAACCAUUUAUUUCAGUCGUAGUACCCAUAUUACAUACAGAAAUAGAAAAAAAAAUGAUAAUCAAAUUAAAUAAUUAUGAUCACAAUAAUAAUAAUAAAAAAUAUAAAUUUCAAAUAAUUACAAUUCAUUUAAAUUACAUCAUAAACCAAUUAUUAAUCAAAUAAAAUAAAAUCGAUUACAGCAGGCAAGGAUGUCAAAUAUCACAAAUGUCAUAUUUACAGCAGUCAUACACAGCACUAAUUAUUAAAUUACAACAUUAUAAAGAAAGCAAGAAAAAAAAUUAAACCGCUUUAUUAUUGCGGAUAAUAUAUAAAACUUAAAAAUGGUUCUUCAAAUAGAAUAAGAAAAGAUAUAGGUUAUUUUUUUAAGAGAGAUAGGGCAUAGCCGAUUUCCCGCUCGAAUUGGAGCACCGGUCUGAGGAAGUAACUUCCACCUUAAUGAAGAUGAUAGUAAAAUAACAAUACCUUUUGGUGGUGUUGUGUUUCUACCGGUGAGUAAGGUUCCAGGGCUCCACGGGGUAGGGGAUUGAGACAUGGUAGGCAACGGUGUGAGUGAUAUUUUUGGUAUGGCUGCUUACCAUUAGGUGGGGCAUACGAUUGUUUACCGCCUUUUUUACUUUAAAAAACUUAAUUUUUAUUAUUUAUCAUUUUACAAUAAUUCUUUACGUUUAUAUAUUAGAUGUAUAAAAACGUAAAAAUAAAAUUAUCUUAAAACUUACCUACUUAAAUAAAUAGAUAUUUAAUAAAUAAAAGAGAUAUCACCCCUAGUACCGUCGUCAGGAACAGUGCCCAAUAGGCUGGCAGCAUUUCUCGUUGGAUAGCAAGGCUGAUCCGUUGAGCAAGGUAGCUGCCAGCAUUUUGAAUUUUUAUUUUCGCUCUUAACUUUUAACUAUUUAGAAUUAAGGCAUUACUCUUAGGGUCCAUUGAUAAUGUAGGAGGAUCUCGAUGGCAUAGGUGGUUAGUGCGUUUGGCUUGCGAAAGUGGAAGUUAAGAAACUUUCACAAUUACCAGUCAUUAGAUGGGUGACCAAAAAAUAAUUAUCAGGACCUCCUCCGUGCUUCGAAAGGUGCGUUAAGCCGUUUGGUCCCGGCUGCUGCAAACGUUAGCACCCACAAAUCCGCACUGAGCCAGCGUGAUAGGUCAUGUCUCCACAUUCUACUUAUCUAUAUGGAAGGCAUGUGCCCCCGCAAUGGUGUUAUUAACAAGCUGGUGAUGAUGAUACUGACGAAUUAUUACGCACAUAAGGACAAAAAAAAUAUCAUGAGUUUGCAUUCGAGAUAAAACUUUAAACCGUUGCUUCAACUAAGAUUGAAAAUUUGUCUUGAUAACAUUUUAUGUUUUCUUUGUAUAAAGCAAAAAAAGAUAAUAAUUUUCAUUAAUUAAACAUUCAAAUCAUAAAAGACUAAAACUAUUAGUAAGUCUGUACUAGUCUAUAUGGUUAACAAAGCUUCAUUUGCUUCACCAACAUCGGACGACUCUAUUCUAUAUGAACGAUUCAUUGACCCAGAGGAGUCAUUUCCUUUUUUAUUUAUGUCCACUAAUUACUUCCUAUUACAUAAUUACUAGUAAGUAAGUAAGUAUCUCGUUAAUUAUGCAGCCAACCCUACAGUUUUUUAACUUUAGAACUACUACUUUUUAUUUUUUUGGAAAUUCUCUCAGUUUUCAGUUUUGCCCUCGAUAUCUACAGUUUCUUAUUCAGGAUGCUGGCGCCAUCCAUUUUAUUUGAAGAUGAAAGAUCACUUUUAAUCCGUGCGGUGACGGAAAGAAAAGAAUACUACUCACUGGCCCUUCUCUUCCCGUGGGUGUCGUAAGAAGCGACUACGGGAUAUCGGCUCUUCCAUCCUCUCUUCUGGUGGUAGGGUUCCUAACACCCGCCUGGUUUGUUGCCAAAGUGCGCAUGGUGAAAAAACCCGUGAAUUGCUUCUCACGUUUCGGGGUGAGCCAGCGUACAAAAAAAACUCGAGUGGGGGAUGCUGCCACAGAUUCAGUUCAGGGAAGGCAUUCGUCGAACCGAUUUUGCGAAGACUGCAACGACCCGCCGACUAAGGAUACCUAUAGAAAAGGCUGUCCAGCUGGCCGCCCGUGACACAGUUCAGGGGCCCGAGCAUGGGACCGGGGCGUGGAGUCCCGGCGACCACUCCCGAGGGGGUGCAGAAGCCCUUCCGUCCGGCGGGUCGGCGCAUCCCCUCUGCAGGCAGUCAUUCGGGGAAACAAACCUCCCUAAUUUGUCCGGUCCUGUCGCGACAACGUCCUCUCAUUUCACGUCUCUUUUUCACCUCCAUCAUGGCAGACCCUAAAACAAAGUUUGGACGUACAACGGUGCUCACCCCCACACCUUCAACAACUCCACUCUAACCUCAACGCUGGCCAGCAUUGUUGUUCCUGACGGAGACACAAAUACUUCCGCCUGCUGACACAGGCUACCUUAAUAUAUCCCUAUACCGGCUAAGUGCUUGAAGAGUCCUUCAAAGCAAAAGCCGGGGUAUGCCUGUAUGUUCGGGCGAACGUUUGUUGUCGCCAUCUCCGCUGCUUGGAAGAUCCCUCCUUCUCCAUGCAGGGAGUACACGUCGACUCUGGUCCCCUGGCUAGAGUCUACGUGUGCCUAUACAAAUCCCACACCGGCGAUGUUGAGACAACUCGACUUUUUGAGCACCUUAAUCGGACAGCAGAGGACACGCAGGGACAAUUUCCCACCACAAUAUGUGGUUAAGUUCCUCCAAAACCGACCAUGCGAGAUCCCCGUUGACGCAUUCCCUCUAACGCAUGACUUGAAGCAACUGGUUGAUCAGCUCACCAGAAUCCCAGAUAUUCUAAGUCAAGCGCCUUCUUUACUGGACCUUCUGCUCACGACCCACCCACAGGGCUAUCAGGUUGUGGUAAGAGCCCCCCUGGGCUCGUCGGACCACUGCCUGAUAUCUGCCAAAGCAACACAUGCCAAGCCCCCGCGUCCAGGGGUGAUCAAACGCCGUAUCUGACACUAUGGGUCGGCAGAUUGGGACGGUAUGCAUGACUACUUUGCGUCCGUCCCUUGGAAGCAGCGCUGCUUCAGUGAGGGAGCUAUCGGCCAGCGCCGUUGCUAUUACUGAGGAGAUUAUAAUGGGUAUGGAAUACUAUAUUCCUCAUUCUAAUAUCAUCAGUAACGUGUGCCCGUAACCUCUGGUUCAAUCGCGACUGUGUUGUUGUUUCGCGUAAGCAAAGCUGUUUCGCGUAAGCAAAGCUGUUUCGCGUAAGCAAAGCUGUUUCGCGUAAGCAAGCGGCUUAACGUGCUUGGAUCAGAGGUUAGUACAAUGCAUGCGGGGUAUCUCGAACAAACAGCGACUGGACAGGCGGUAACCAAGGAAAAACGAGAGAAUCUUGUCAUUGAACUCAAUCAAGCUUUGGGCCACAUUUCUGAAUGGGGUACCAAGGACAUGGUUGAGUUCAAUGCUAAGAAAAACCAGGUCUGCGCUUUCACGGCAAAAACGUCGCCAUUCCUUUCAUGUUUUUCUCUUCAGGGCACAACACUGGAGCUAGAGAGCAGUAUCACCAUGCAGGGCACUUAAAUUCGCUGUGACUUAAAUCCAAAGAAUUACAUCGAAAGCGUAGUAAAAACGACCACACGCAAACUCGGAGUCCUUAACAAGGUGUGGCGUAUUUACAUGCCCGAGCAACUGUACUUAACUGUGGCCACAAUUCCAACGCGUCCAAAGAAAUAUGGUGACUUAUUUCUUUGUCGCACUAUCUGUAAAUGGAAUACUCUGCCUGCUCACGUGUUCCCUAGUUUUUACCACCUGGGAUCCUUUAAAAGAGGCGUGAAGAACAACAAGCAGCAUGCAGGCCCGCAAGGCGAGGAUGACUGGUGUGGCAGGUAGAACUGCUGUACCAGCUAUCUUCACGUCUGGACUUCACCGUCACUUAAUAUCAGGUACGAGAUUGUUGUGACAGAACGAUCUCAGAAGUAGCUCUAGAGACUAAUAUAUACUAAAUAAACAUUCUAGAGACUGUUCGUGUUAUGUCUAAAAAAUAAAUAGAAGAUUAGUAAUUGACAAGUGCGGAUGAAAAUGAAGUCAACUGAACAUUCAUCAGUACUACAAAUUAAGUGUAACGUGAGCUCAAUUGACUGAAGGAGUAACUGAAACAUUGUAAAGGUAAUGAACCGGAAAUCAAAUACUAGAAAUUUUAUGACGGAAUCUCUCAAAAACUUAUAAUUGUAAUUACAAUCUUAACAUUACUUAAUUAUUAUUAUUGUAAAGUUACAGUAGAUGUAUUUUUGGAACUGUGAUAUUUAUUUUAGAAUCAAUUGUCGUGUAAAUAUGUACAGAGCUAGCAAAUGUAUGAUAGUAUAAUUUAUUGUAGUGAUUAGUAAAAAAUAAUAUACAGAUAAUAAUAAUAUGUG